GUUGAGACGGUCGCUAGCGCAGCAGACAGUACAGCAACAGAGCCAUCCCGUUCCCAUCCCGUGGUGAAUCGCCCCGAAGAAAAGACAGUGAGUCAGUGCGCGCGUGUAUGCGAGUUGUCGGCCAGAACUAGAGCAACCUGAAUAUCCGUAUCCGCUGUUGCGUCGGAAGCGACGGGAACGCACACACCAGAUGUGUGGUUAACGGUAGCUAACAAUUAUGUAACACAUCCGGGUCCCGGGUCGACGACUGUUCCGGUGCGCCACAAUGGAGGCAUUCAUCAAUGAGAUGGUGGAACCGCGCGUCUUCGAUCUGAUCGUGCUGAUACUGCCGAAAUGGAGGCUGCUGCUGUACAUCUACCUAAUGAAUAUAGUAAUCUUUACGCCGGUGUACGUGUUCGGUGCACUCGUAAGCAACGAGCCGGACCUGGAGCUCAUCUGUCCGCCGGUUAUGCUGCUUGGCUGCAAUCUGGUGCACCGUGCGGUGUUUCGGUUUAGCAACGAGCAGAACACACGCAACCUGCUGCUCGGUAUCGCUACCCUCAGUGUCGGAAUCUCAGCGAGCGGUUUGGUCGCCAUGUUGUGUACGCCCCACUACCUGGUGGUGGUGGUGCUACUGUACAGUGUCAUUGGAGGUUUCGGCUACCAGCUGGUAUUCUCGCGCAUGUGGAAGAUACUGGCGAAGAUUUUUAACGCCCGAAAGGAGAUGUUUGUGAUCAAGUUUUUGCACUCGUGCGGUCAGGCCACUAGCCUUCUGGUGUUGCUGAUAUGCUUUCAGGUACCGUGGGAAGGUUACAUCUACGGCGUGCUGCUAUUACUGCUGGCAGGCGUUGUGCUACACCUCGUACCGCUGACGAUACUGCUGGCGGGUGAGAAGGGUCGUCUGCGCAGCGAUCUCGAUGUGCUGGUACAACUCACCGAGAAGGGUAACGAGUCGUACUAUGCGCACGUUGCGACCAGAGCUAUGCCAGAGUUCAAGUCGGAGCUUCCCGCCACUAGCCCAGCAGUAGUGCGCGACCCGGACACUGUGACUCCACCGCUCACGUGGAAGAAUCCAGCCAGUUUCAGUGCAACUCUCCACCAAAUCAAUGAAGAUUCCGCCAAUGGAGGCGGCGCACACCAUUCGCUACCGCUGGUGGACUACGCUUACAGGGAGUGCGAGGAGUCGCUUCUGAACCGACCGGAAGGCAAGUGCUACAAUCAAGACGGUGUUGAAAUUCUCGAGAUGAUUCUGGAGGAAGAUGAAACCGUGCCGGAUGCGGGUGACGAAACAGACACACCGGCAGACACCGGGACGGACGCGGACAGUUCCUCAGCAGUUUCGCAGGCCGGUAAAUGGCGCUGGUUAGGCCAGCUGUGCGGGGUAAUCGUUGACGCGUCCCGUGCGUUAGAUCUCAAUGUUCGCCCAAGCGUUAAUGUGCGGCUCGCAACUGCAACGCGCAGCGCGCUCGGUGAUUGGCGGUGUUGCAGCUGCGCACUCCUCAAGGCGACCGACACCAGCAUCUUUGUGCUGUUUCUGUGCAUACUGCCGCGGUUGAAUGUGCACUACUACCAGCAGCAGACCCGGGCCCGUCACAUGACCCUGCUGGCGGUGGUCGUAAUAUCGUCGGCCUGGGCCAGCGCUUCCUUUCUGCUGCUCUGCUGCGAGGUGCGGUUCCGCAAGCUGCACGAGCGUCUGCUCGUGUUCGGGCUAUUCUUCCAGGCGUUUGGGUACUUCUGCGUCUACACCAUCCGGUCGAACUUCUGGACGUUUGCCGGUUGUAUGCUGAUCGGUGUCGGCCACUCUAUCGCGUGCGCGUAUCAGGAAGCCGUCAUCAAGCAGCAGCUCGGUCAGCAUCGUUGGACGACCGCCAAGGCGGGUAUCGGUCUGCUUGCUGGUGUGGCCGUGCUCGUGCUCGGUGCGGUCGCCAACGUGUUCUACGUGUACGGGCCCAUCGAUCAACUGCUGCUGACGCUGCUGCUCAUCUACAGUGCUGCCGGUGCCUUCUGGAUCGCUUGCAGCUGUCGGAUACUAUUCAUCUAGCCGACAACCAACACAUCUCUAUGACCUGUACCUUUACAACCACAAUCAAACUGGGGUGCCGUACAACAGUACUACCAUCCAUAAACACCAUUCCACUUCCAACAUCGCGUCUUUCAAAGCGUUCCACCAACAUUGCAGCUAAAAUGAAAAGGAUCAUUUAAAUAUUGUGACAUACAAAGGGGAAAGAGAAGAAGAUAAACAACAAUGCAACAUAAUCACACUAAUCGCGUCCUUACGUGCGUUAGGGAGUUUGCAAUGAAGUUCACGCUACGCUUUGCACUUUAGCUUGUUAUAUCGCGUACAGUGUUGUG